GGAUCGAAGCAGUGGUCAGGAGCCUUCAGGGAAGCCUGCAGAUGACCAACACAGAACUGCACAAGCAGGGCCUGCUGCUCUUCGCUGAAAUCCUGACUCGGCAGCCUGAGGAGAUCAGGCUGUUCACAAGCUCGGCCAUGUGCAGAGAUGCCAGCCGUGCCCUGCAGGAGGCCGUGAGCAGCCCUGUGUUAGCAGUGGCCGCUGAAGCACUGAGGGCCAUUUCAGCUUUUCUGAGGAAGGACCACCAGAGCUCUCUGCCCGUGCAAUACGGAGCCCUUCGCGCCUUGCUUGAAGCCAUGCUGAGCCGAUGUAUGGAGUUUUCCCAGACACCUCUGAACAGGAGGUCCCUGGGCCAUGCUUGCAGUAGAAACUUAGAGAAGGCCACUCUUCGAAAGGGAAAGUUCCUCCUAAGCACCCUGGAGGGGUUUAGAAACGCCUGCAGGUUGGCUGUGGAAUUCCAAGGUGAGCCUUCUGCCCAGGAGAAUCCCUUCACAGCUCCCAGCGCAGAGAAGGAAGAUACCUUGGAGGCCUUCUCAGAGUUUCUUCUUAGUGCCUGUGACUCCCUGUGUAUCCCCAUGAUGAUGAGGUACUCGGAGGAGACCACGCAUCCAAACCUGAUGGAGGUUUUCCUGUCAAUUCUACACAGCCUCUUUGUCAUCGUUCCCCACAUGAAGGUGAAGUUCUCCAGGAAGCUUGCUGAUGCAUCAUUCAUACGACUGACCCUGGAGCUGAAGGCCAGGUUCUGCAGUGGCCAGAGUCACUCGUCCCUAAAUCAGGUGUGCUCCAGCUUCCUCUACUACAUGUGCCUCAAUCUCCUCUUUGCUCCAGAGAAGACGGAAUCACUUUCCCAAGAAGAACUCCCUGCAGUGUCUGAGUUCCUACAACAUGGACUGCCCCACAUAAGCAGCAGGACCCCAGAAAGUCUGGCCUUCCUGUCAGAUCGGCAGUAUGUGGAGGUGGCCGCGCGCCAGAGACAGUACUGCAUCCUGCUCCUCUUCUACCUUGCUCACAUCCAUGACGACAGGUUUGUCCCUGAUGCAGAGCUCUGUGUGGCUGUGCAGAGCUUCCUUUUGUCUCUGCAGGACCAGGGUGAGUGCCCUCCACCAGUGGUCUGCAAAGCCGCCAUCUAUCUGUUGGCGGUGUGCCAGGACAAGGACCGUGCACUGGGUGAGGCCGUGGUCAGUGCAAUCAGAAAAUGCCUAGAGGGCACCUCAGACCUGCGCCUGGUCUACACUCACCACCCGCUCCUGCUCAGGCUCUUCCUGGUGUGCCCAGGGCUGAUGGGUAGGUUUGGGCACCGCGUCCUGGAGCUUUGGUUCUCUUGGGAAGAGAGCGGCUAUGAGAACCUGGAUGAUGACUCGUCUCCGGGGCGAACCGUCUUUCCCGCCAACUUCGCAGCCCUGUUCCAGAUGCUCAGGAGCAUGCCCAGCGUCCUGCUCAUUCUGCUGGACCUCGUCUAUUCCAGUCCUGUGGACACAGCCCGCAAGGUUCUGAUUGUCCUGAGGGCCUUCCUUCGGGAGAAUGAAGAUAUUGAAGUGGGCGGUCUCAUCCGAGGCCACUUCCUGCUCAUCCUGCAGCGCCUCUUGGUGGAGUACGGAGCCUCCCCCUCAGGAGCCUCUGGGAACCUGCCGCUGCUGCUGAACCUCCUCUCCUUGCUGCAGCUGAGGAAUGAGUCGGAACAAGAACUGGACAGCAUGGCCAUGAAGCUGCUUCACCAAGUGAGCAAGCUGUGUGGGAAGUGCAGCCCUGCAGAUGUGGACAUCCUGCAGCCCUCCUUCAACUUCUUGUACUGGAGUCUUCAUCGGACCACACCCAGUAGUCAGAAAAGAGCUGCUGCUGUCCUGCUGAGCAACACAGCCUUGAUUGAGCUUCUGGAGAAGAUGCUGGCCCUCACCUGGACAGAGGCAGACUCCUCCCCCAGGACGGCACUGCUCUGCUCUGCCUGGCUGCUCACUGCCUCCUUCUCCGCCCAGCAGAACAGUGGCAAUUUGCAGGUCCAUCAGACAUUAUCUGUGGAACUGAACCAAGUAUUGAAGGCUCUCAGCUUUCCAAAAAAGUCGGCACUGCUGUCAGCUGCCAUCCUACGAUUCCUGCGGACGGCCUUGCAACAAAGCUUUUCCUCUGCCUUGGUGGCCUGGGUACCCUCAGGGGGUCAACCACUGUCAGCUCCUGAAGAUGAUGUCCUAGCUCCACUGGGAACAUCACAAGUGCUAUCCCUGUUGAUUGGGCUCCAGAACCUCCUGGUACAGAAAGACCCUCUGUUAUCUCAAGCUUGUAUUGGCUGUCUGGAAGCCUUGCUCGAUUACCUGCACGCCAGGAGCCCAGACGUCGCACUCCAUGUGGCCUCCCAGCCCUGGAAUCGGUUUUUGCUGUUCACUCUCUUGGAUUCUGGAGAGAAUGCCUUCCUCAGACCUGAAAUACUGAGACUUAUGACCUUGUUCGUGCAGUACCGGAGCAGCGGCAUCCUCUCUCGUGAAGAGGUGGCUCUCAUUUUGCAAGGUGCAGCUUUGGCUGACCUGUCAACUCUCUCAAAAGAUACACUCCAGGCUCUGCAUGGCUUCCUCCUGCAGGUCCAGCGCAUGGGUCUCCUAAAUGACAACAACACGACCCAGACCUUGCAAGCCUCCUUGGAGGGCCUUUGCUCCCGCACCUUCCCAGCCCAGCCAGUCUUUCAAGACAUGCUUUGCCUUGGAGGUGUGUCUGUUUCCCUGUCUCACAUCAGAGACUGAGACAUAAAGGCCCAGAAACAGCAGAAAAAAUGAGACCUGCAGAUUCAGGACACAAUUGUUAAGGGGCAAACGACAUUAUCAGGCCUUUCUCUGGAGCUAUUUUACUCCACCGUGGAAAUGGAAUCAGGAAAUAAAAUAAUGCAUUAUCGUUCUUGUGUGGG